GCGAAGAUAAAGUCCAAAAGAAAACCAGUAGGACUAGGAGGAGAAGAAGAGAGGAGAAGAGGAGAGUGAGAAGAAGAAGCAAAGACGACGAAGCGGACACGAAAGACUGAUUCAGAUUCUGUUCUUCUCCUUCGAGGAGACCCCAACGAAGACUUUGACGUAUACAAGUCUUACAGAAAUCCUCUGGAAGCGAACUAGAAAAGCGAUCGAUUUCUGUGUUUGAACUGCGACUUCUCUGUUUUUGUGUCUGGGUGGUUUGGAGAUGCCUUUGUCUUUCAGGGAUCCUUCGACUUCUACGGUGGACACUUCUGUGUUUCCUGGUUUUAGAUUCUGUCCAACUGAUGAAGAACUGAUUUCUUAUUAUCUGAAGCGGAAGCUUGAUGGCCUGGAGCAGAGCGUCCAGGUGAUUCCUGAAGUUGACAUAUGUCGAUUUGAACCUUGGGACCUACCAGAUAAGUCCAUAAUCCCCUCGGACAACGAAUGGUUCUUCUUUUGCCCUCGAGACAAGAAAUACCCAAAUGGGUCUCAAACGAAGAGGGCAACCAAGGUUGGGUACUGGAAAGCAACCGGGAAAGAGCGUGCCGUCAAGUCUGGUUCCAAUCUGAUUGGAACCAAAAGGACUCUGGUUUUCCACAUCGGCCGUGCACCUGAUGGGGAGAGGACGCAUUGGAUAAUGCACGAGUUCUCUAUCAAAGGCAAAGGCCAGGAUUCUUUUGUCGUCUGCCGGCUUCGGAAAAAGAUACCAAUUAAUGCAAAUGAUGAUAAUUCAAACAGCAAUUCAGUGAGUCACGGAGAUUUUGCAGCGACAGAUGAUGGUCUUUCCACUGUGGCCCAACUUGGAAAUGAAAUGAAGCAGACAGGGACACAUGAAGAGGUUGAGGAAACAGAAUGUUUCUCCAUGAAGCAGGGCAGCAAUUCAGAUGCCCUCUUUAGAGAACUGUGUGAAUCUACAUCUGAUUCUGUUCAGAAGCUACAAAGUAAUGGAGAAUGCUCUGGCCAGAAGUUUCAGUACUGUGAUGCAGAAGAUGAUUGCUUUGCUGAUAUUUUGAAUGAGGAUAUCAUCCAACUUGAUUACUCUUCACUGCAAGAAAUUCCUUCUCAGUUGACUGAGAUAACAUCUAAACAGAGGGAAAAUGCAGAGAAGUCUUUGGAGCUUCCUAGCCAAGGUACAGCAAAACGGAGAAUCAGAUUGAAAAUGCAAGUAACGGAAGAGAUCCCGGAAGUCACAGAUGUAGGAAUUGUAAAGAAAUUGCUAAGGCAGGAUGCGAGGCAGUGUUUUAAAAGAGUGGAGAGUAUAUUUUCAGUUGGGACAGGAACCAGGUUCAUAUUUAUGAUUUUCAAGAUCAUGGCUUUGCUGGUUUUGUUCCUUCUGGUACUCAGAUGCAUCAGUCAUCUCAAAAUGUUCACCUGUAAGAUCAAGCUGUGAGGAUUUUAUGGCAGAUGAAUGAGCAUUGGAUACUAUGGUUUCUUCAAGCCUGGUGCUGAUUCCAUAAGAUAACUCAGAGAUGGGAUCCAUUCAUGCAGCAGCCAGAAUCUAGUUUGAAUUUGUUCUGUUCUUCUUAGGUGGAAUUUGAUGGCAUGUACAUAUCUAAUGGGAUGCAGUCAUAUCAUAUACUAAAAUGAGAAGCAUCUAUUCUGAUAAACCAAAGCAUUUAAUUCUUCAG